AUGAGACAGAAAGCUAGAGCCAAGUGGUUUGAAGAGGAAGAUGCCAACACUGCCUAUUUUCACAAUGUCAUUAGGGAAAGAAGAAGGAAGCUAACCAUCACUAAGAUCAUGGAUGAGCAUGAUCAGUGGAUAGAAGGUAAUGAUAGUAUUGCAGAAGCUGCUGUGAGGCAUUUCCAAGGAAUGUUUACUCAUGAAGCCAUAGACACAAAUUUUGAAGCUCUAAACUGUAUAGAGAGAUGUGUUACUGAUGAAGACAACAACAUGCUCAUUGCAAUUCCUACAAUGCAAGAAAUAAAAGAUAGUGUUUUUGCCAUCAAUAAGGAUAGUGCACCAGGUCCAGAUGGACUGGGUGCCUGUUUCUAUCAAUCAGCUUGGGAUAUUAUUUGCCAUGACUUACAUAGAGCAGUAGAAUCCUUCUUUCAAGGGGCUAAACUUCCUAAGUUUUUCACCCACACUUGCCUAGUUAUGAUUCCUAAAAUAGAGCACCCUCAAAAAUUUUCAGACCUCAGACCUAUUAGCCUUUGUAAUACCUCCAGUAAAGUGAUUUCCAAAAUUUUCAACAAUAGAAUCUCCAGCAUACUCCCUAAGAUAAUUUCCAGAAACCAAUCUGGCUUUAUUAAAGGGAGAUCCAUCUCUGAAAAUAUCCUUCUUGCUCAAGAGAUUAUCAAUGAUAUCAACAAACCUGCUAGGGGUGGAAAUGUUGUCAUUAAACUAGAUAUGACAAAAGCUUAUGACAGGGAAGACAUGGAUUUUUUAAAAUCUAGAAGGGGUUUGAGACAAGGAGACCCAGUAUCACCUUCUCUAUUUAUCAUUAGUGCUGAACUGCUAUCUAGAAUGCUGAAUUGCCUUCGUGAGAGGCAAGGUUACAAAGGCUUCUAUAUGAACCUCAAUGGUCCUCAGAUUAACCAUCUCUCCUUUGCUGAUGAUACUAUUUUGUUUUGUAAUGGUAGUAAAAAACCUCUUGAUAUGAUUCUUAAGACUCUAACUGUCUAUGAGAGAGUUUCUGGUCAACUUAUAAACAAGGAAAAGAGUUGUUUUGCUGUAGCAAAUAACUCAAAAGCUGCUACCAUAAACAAACUAAAGAACAUCACUAGAAUGAAUCAUCAACAAUUUCCUAUCAAGUUCUUUUGGUCUGGGCAAGAAAUAGGAGGAAAACAUCACUGGGCAUCAUGGGAAAGUUUAUGCUAUCCCAAUGAGGAAGGUGGAGCAAACUUCAGAUCUUUAACAGAUAUUUGUCAAGCUUUUCAGAGCAAACAAUGGUGGAUUUUGAGGACCACAAACUCUCUUUGGACUGAAUUCAUGAAGGCCAAGUUUUAUAACACUGAACAUCCUUCUAUUGCUCAAUGGUCUACUGGACAGUCUCAACGUUGGAAAAUACUAUGCAACAUUAAAAGGGAAGUGGAUGACAACAUGUUAUGGAGUAUUGGUGCAGGAGAAGUUUCCUUUUGGUAUGAUAAAUGGGCCAACUUGGGACCAUUAUACCUUCUUUUUCCUGACAGAGUCAUUCAAGAUCAAAUCAAAACUAAUGAGGUUCUCACUGAUGAGACAUGGAACUGGGAUAUUCUGCAAGAUCAGCCUGAUAAAGAUACUAAAAGAAAAAUCAUGGAGUUGAGCAUCAAAAUCAAUAGAAAUAAAGAGGACAAAACUAUAUGUGGAGGUGGAGGUCUAGUUAGAAAUUCCCAAGGAAAAGUUAUUUUUGCUUACUCAAUUCCUUUGGGAUCAGGAACUAGUAACUUAGCAGAAGCAGCAGCAUUACUUUAUGGCCUGAAGUGGUGUACUGCAAAUAGUUAUAGGCUAACAUUGGGUGAAACAGACUCCUUACUCAUCACCAAAUGCAUCAAAAGAGAAUGGAAAAUUCCUUGGAAGAUCAAUAACAUCAUCAAUGAGAUCCAGGAACAAGUUGAAGAGCAUGGAUUUGAAAUUAACCACUGUUUUAGGGAAGCAAAUAAGCCGGCUGAUAAACUGGCCAAUCUUAGCCACAGUAGUGAUGCAAGCCAUGUCUUCAACUCUUUUGCUGAAUUACCAAAUCAAAUCAGAGGACUCAUCAACAUGGAUAGAAGGAACCUACCUUCUUUUAGGGUCAAAAGAAUCAAAUCUUCCCAUAUAGUAUAUGAGCCACCUUGA